UCGACAGAGGCACGUGGUGGGCCCCGAGCCAAUCAGUGGAAAGUCAAAAGCUGCUUCCAGUUUGGGCUAGGGUCCGGCGCGUGUCUGGUUCCGAGGUGCCGAGGUUCCCGGACUCAGGGUUACCUCCUUGGGAGCAGACAGCUGUCCUCACUGACCCAGAGGAGGAUCGCUCAGUAAAUGCUUGCUGGACGAAUAAAUGACUAGAUAAGAUAAGGCAGCUCCAGCCCCUGGAAGGCCAGAGACUAGCCAGCGUGCACAACCAGGUGGCGGCCUGCAGAAGGCGCUGCCGGGACAUGGCGGAGGAGCCGCGGGGGGCCUGGUUCGGCUUCGGUUUCUGCGGCUUCGGGCAGGCGCCGGGCUCCGGACGCGGGCGCCAGGUGCGCAGCCCCGAGCCGCUGCACGUGGGCGUCGACAUCCGCCGCGUGAGCGCGAGCUGGAGCUACACCGCCUUCGUGACCCGUGGAGGCCGCCUGGAGCUGUCGGGCUCAGCUAGCGGCGCAGCGGGAAGCUGCAGGGACGCGUGGGCCUCGGAGGGGCUCCUCGUGGUGCUGCGCGCCGGGCCCGGGUCGGGGGCGUUACUGCAGGCCUGGGCGCCCGGCUCUGCCCUGCGGGGGGAGCCCUUGUGGGCCCAGGAUGUGGUGCCGGAAGCCGAAGGGGAAGGCGAUCCGGGCGGUGAGGCCCAGGCUGGGAGGCUGCCCCUGCUGCCCAGCACCCGUGCCUAUGUGAGCCCGCGGCCCCCCUUCUACCGGCCUCUGGCUCCGGAGCUGCGGGUGCGCCAGCUGGAGCUGGGAGCGGAGCACGCAUUGCUGCUGGACGCGGUGGGCCAGGUGUUCUCCUGGGGCGGGGGCAGGCAUGGACAGCUGGGCCAUGGGACCCUGGAGGCAGAGCUGGAGCCAAGGCCCUUGGAGGCGUUGCAGGGCCUAGCCAUGGCUGAGGUGGCCGCGGGGGGCUGGCAUUCUGUGUGUGUGAGUGAAACUGGGGAUAUCUAUAUCUGGGGCUGGAAUGAAUCAGGGCAGCUGGCCCUGCCUACCAGGAGCCUGGCAGAGGAUGGGGAGACAGUUGCAAGGGAAGCCACAGGACUGAAUGCAGAUGGCUCCCAGGUGAAGAGAAUGGCGGGGGCUGAGGAUGGAGCCCCUGCCCCCUUCAUAGCUGUCCAGCCCUUCCCAGCUCUACUGGAUCUCCCCCUGGGCUCAGAUGCAAUCAAGGCCAGCUGUGGAUCCAGGCACACGGCUGUGGUGACACGAACAGGGGACCUGUACACCUGGGGCUGGGGUAAAUAUGGACAGCUAGGCCAUGAGGACACCAGCAGCUGGGAUCGGCCCCGCCGAGUAGAAUACUUCGUAGAUAAACAACUCCAAGUAAAGGCCAUCACCUGUGGGCCCUGGAACACCUACGUGUAUGCUGUGGAGAAAGGGAAGAGCUGACUUGCAGACCAACCAAAAAGCGACCAGGGAAAAAACAUGAACCACCACACUUACCUCAGAAUGUGGCUGUAUUUGGAGACAACAUCUUUACAUAGAUAAUUAAGGCCAGAGACGGGUCUCGCUAUGUUGCCAAGGCUGAAGUGCAGUGGCUAUUCACAGGAACGAUCCCACUACUGAUCAGCAUGGGAGUUUUGACCUGCUCCGUUUACAACCUGGGCUGGUUCACAACUUCUUAGGCAACCUGGUGUUCCCCUGCUCCCGGGAGGUCACCAGAUUGAUGCAGAACUUAAGUAUGGACACCUGAUCAGCACAGCACACUACAGCCCAGAACUCCUGGGCUCAAGUGAUCCUCCAGCCUCAGCCUCCCAAGUAGCUGUGACUACAGGCAUGCGCCACUGCGGCCAGCGGCUCAUAUUCUUCCUUUCUGUCCUGCCCAGCCAGUAGAUGGGGGAUCACAGAAAAUGUGCAAAAACAUCUGUUGAAUUUAGUUGGGAUAGCUUCAUCUUUACACUUAGUUCAGCUCAGACUAGAAUUCCACUGGGCUCCAGGAGUCAAGCUCCUUUUGGCUCCCACGGAGGCUCUGGCAUUUCCCACUGUAUGUCUCUGGAUUAAGUUACUCAGCAGUAUGUGCUUUAGUGUCCUCACCUCUUGACACGAGGAGUCUGAAAUAAUAUUGUGAAGGGUUUGACACUGCACCUGGCAGAAAGUAAGCACCGACAGAAACUGAAGCUUCACAGCUAGAGACUAUAGUGACACACUGCUUGAGAAAGCAAGAGGCCAAUGUUUCCCAAUAAUACUUGCAAAUGCUUUUCCAUACAGGAAUGGCAGUUAUACUCAAUGUCUUGGAAAGCUGCUAUUAUCUGUUCAGAAGAGGAAACACUUCUGGUGAAUGUCUGGACUUGUUAAAAACUAGUGAGCAGGCCACAUGAAGACCCCACUUCUGGCUGGGUGUGGUGGUGGCCCAACACUUUGGGAGGCAAAGUGGGGAUUGUUUGAGCCUAGGAAUUUGAGACCAGACAGCAGAGUAAGACCUGUCUCCAAACAAACCAACCAAAGACCUCAGUCCUGUACUCACCAGCAUGGAAAGGGGCAAAGGCUUCUCUCUGCUCCUGGCUAUAAAAGCACUGGUCCCAGUACUGAGCCAGCUCCACUCGAAUUGCCUCAAUCACUUUCUUCAGGUUUUGCAUUUUCAGUUCUUCCAGCCGAUCCACUUCUAAUUGCAGCUGAAAGAAAGAGGCUUGCUAAGGGUGGCUGCCAUACUUCUGUUAGGUUUGCAAAAGUUUCCCCCCUUUUAAGUAAAAUUAUAAUGCAAAGCCAUAGAGGUAUUAUAAAUCAACACUUUUUUUUGAGACAGGGUCUCUUUUUCUUACCCAGACUGGAGAGCAGUGGCAUAAUCUUAGCUUGCUGUUACCCCUGCCUCCCAGGUUCAAGCAAUUCUCCUGCCUUAGCCUCCCAAGUAACUGGGGUUACAGGCGCACACCACUACCACCUGGCUCAUUUUUAUAUUUUUAGUAGAGAUGGGGUUUCACUGUGUUGGCCAGGCUGGUUUUGAACUCUUGACCCCAAAUGAUCCACCCACCUCAGUAUCCCAAUGUGCAGGGCUUACAGGCAUGAGCCACUGUGCCCAACCAAAUCAACACUCUCUAUAACUAACACAAAAGUGCUGAGAGAAGACUGCUGACCCAGCACCCAUUGGGUUUCUUACCGCUUUCCGAACCUUGGCCUUUGACCCAGACAUAAUGGUGGCCACUGCUUCUCUCUCUUUUUCAGGUAUUUGCAGCCUGUCCCAGAGCUCUCGGAUUUGAGCGCGCAGACCCUCACACACUGCUUCAUUUUGUGAUUUCUGCAUUUCCAGCUACAGCACAGAAAUGUCAGUGUCAUUCACAGCAAAGCAGUAGCACAGAGACUAGCCCUCUGGCUUCCUUCAAAGAAAUGUCUGGAUACACAGGGAGAGGAGGCCCUUCCAUGAGAGUUCAAAGCAGCGUUUUCAUGCCUUCUAAACACAAGCUGUAAGGCUGUCAUGAUCUAAGACUCCAAGAAUUAGCAUUCAAAUUUAGAACUGAAAAGAAUGGGGCCGGGCAUGGUGGCUCACGCCUGUAAUCCCAGCACUUUGGGAGGCCGAGAUGGGUGGAUCACGAGGUCAAGAGAUUCGAGACCAUCCUGGUCAACAUGGUGAAACCCCGUCUCUACUAAAAAUACAAAUAAUUAGCUGGGCACGGUGGUGUGUGCCUGUAAUCCCAGCUACUCAGGAGGCUGAGGCAGGAGAAUUGCUUAAACCCAGGAGGCGGAGGUUGCGGUGAGCCGAGAUCAUGCCAUUGCACUCCAGCCUGGGUAACAAGAGCAAAACUCCAUCUCAAAAAAAAAAAAAAAAAAGAA